GUAGUGGGUGUAAACAUUUACCUUGCUUUGGUCUGUUUAUCUGUUAUCCAUUGGUAAAAUCAUAAAGAAUUCGUUUCAAUUAUUUGAGCUAUUACAUUAAAUCUUCGCCUUACAAAAUCGAGAUGUCGUACAAGGUGGAACCACUUCCCGACUCCUAUGCUGGCCUGGGCGAGGGUCCUCACUGGGAUGCAGAGAGGCAAAGCCUGUACUAUGUAGACAUUGAGGCAGCCGGUUUAUUACGCUACGAUUAUAACCAAAACAAAGUGUACAAGGCCAAAGUUGAAGGUGAAUCUCUAGCUGGAUUUGUGCUGCCCAUUGAAGGUAAACCGCAGGAAUUUGCUGUCGGAUGUGGACGACGCGUUCUGAUUGUUAACUGGGAUGGCAUCGCACCAGUGGCCAAGGUGGUCCGUACUCUGUUCGAGGUGCAAAAGGAAUAUGAAUCGAAUCGCUGGAAUGAUGCCAAAACCGAUCCGAAAGGUCGCUUCUUUGGCGGUACCAUGCGUUACAUUGGCGAUGAAUUUGUCCAUCGUCACGGCGAGCUCUACAAGUGGACGGCUGGUGGCCAGAUUUCUGUUGUUAAAUCUGAUGUAGGCAUCUCCAAUGGUCUGGCUUGGGAUGAGAAAGCCAAGAAGUUUUAUUACAUUGACACCACGGACUAUGAGGUUAAAUCCUAUGACUUUGACUUUGAGACUGGAGUUGCCACCAAUCCCAAGGUUGUGUUUAAUUUACGCAAAACCAGUCCCAAGGAUCAUCUUCUUCCCGAUGGUUUGACAAUUGAUAGCGAAGGAAAUCUCUAUGUGGCCACUUUCAAUGGGGCAACCAUCUUUAAGGUUGACCCCAACACUGGCAAAGUGCUGUUGGAAAUUAAGUUCCCCACCAAGCAGAUAACCUCAUCUGCCUUCGGUGGACCCAACUUGGAUAUCCUGUACGUGACCACAGCGGCCAAAUUCGAUCAGCCGUCUCCAGCAGGCACCACCUAUAAAGUGACAGGCCUAAAUGCCACAGGCUAUGCCGGCACCAAUCUAAAAAUCUAAAAAAUAUUUUAAGAAAUCUUUUUAUCAAACACAAAGUGCAAUUAUUUUUUGUUACACUAAUUGAAAUAAAUAAAACCAUCUUUUGAAAUGUUAGAAUCAUUUAAAAUA